AUGCAUUUGGUAUUUAAGCACAAGGUUAUUCGUUUAGUUGCUGAUAGUAGUGCAAACAAUAUGCAUGCAUUUAAAGAUUUUGUUAUUCCAGGUUUUGUACACUAUUUUGACAAAAAUGAUAAUGAUAACAUGAGUGAUGAAGAUAGUGAUGCUAAUUCAAAUGACGGAACGGUCAGUGAUGAAUAUGAGUACUUGCCAAACUUGUGUUCAACAACACCUUAUUAUACUACUGAUAAUGAUGCAUUAACACAAGAAUUUCUUAUUCUAGAUUCAUUUCGUCGUUUAUUAGACCACAAUGAAGUAUUUCGAAUUCCUUGUUUUGCCCCCACGAUACAAUUGGCUGUAAGGGAUGAAUUAAAAGAAACAAAAUCAAUUUUAUCUUCAUUAGAAAAAGUGUCUGCAAUUGCAAAACUGUCACAUACAAGCACAAAAUUUGCAGAAAAAUUGGAAGUGAUCAAUUUAUCAAUACCCCGUGCCGUUGUUACACGUUGA